GAGCAUACGCUCCCAGCAUUUACGGCGCAUGCGUGGACUGCGUUGUCAGGGGUGACGUGUCCCGGUGACAGGCUGGCAGGAAGUGGCGGAGCUCGGACCCUAGUUAAACAUGUUGAAGAAGUUUGACAAGAAGGACGAGGAGUCCGGUGGGGGAUCAAACCCUUUCCAGCACCUAGAAAAAAGUGCUGUGCUACAGGAGGCUCGUUUAUUUAACGAGACUCCAAUCAACCCAAGAAAAUGCGCUCAUAUAUUGACCAAAAUACUGUAUUUGAUAAACCAGGGUGAGCAUAUGGGGGCGACAGAAGCAACGGAAGCCUUCUUUGCAAUGACAAAACUAUUCCAGUCAAAUGAUCCUACUCUUCGCCGCAUGUGUUAUCUCACUAUAAAGGAAAUGGCGAGUAUUUCUGAAGAUGUCAUCAUUGUUACCAGCAGUUUAACCAAAGAUAUGACCGGGAAGGAUGACAGUUAUCGAGGACCAGCUGUCAGAGCUCUCUGUAGGAUUACUGAUAGCACCAUGUUACAGGCCAUUGAGAGAUACAUGAAACAGGCUAUUGUGGACAAAGUGCCCAGUGUCUCCAGCUCUGCAUUGGUGUCCUCGCUGCACCUACUUAAGACCAGUUUUGAUGUUGUGAAGCGCUGGGUAAACGAGGCGCAAGAAGCCGCAUCUAGUGAUAACAUGAUGGUGCAGUAUCAUGCCCUUGGACUCCUGUACCAUGUGCGCAAAAACGACCGCCUAUCGGUGAACAAGAUGCUGAGCAAAUUCAUGCGCCACGGUCUGAAGUCUCCUUUUGCUUACUGUAUGAUGAUUCGGGUUGCUAGCAAGCUGCUAGAGGAGGAGGAUGGAAGCCGGGACAGUCCUCUGUUUGAUUUCAUUGAGAGCUGCCUGAGAAAUAAACAUGAGAUGGUUGUGUACGAAGCUGCCUCUGCUAUUGUCAACCUCCCCUCCUGCACCGCUAAGGAACUUGCCCCUGCAGUCUCCGUGUUGCAGUUAUUCUGCAGUUCACCAAAAGCAGCUCUCCGGUAUGCAGCAGUGCGCACCCUUAACAAGGUGGCCAUGAAACAUCCAUCAGCCGUUACUGCCUGCAACCUCGACCUCGAGAACCUGGUAACAGAUUCUAACCGUAGCAUUGCCACCCUGGCUAUCACCACCCUCCUGAAAACUGGUAGCGAGAGCAGCAUCGACCGGCUUAUGAAACAGAUCUCAUCCUUUAUGUCGGAAAUCUCAGAUGAGUUUAAGGUGGUUGUUGUACAAGCAAUUAAUGCGUUGUGUCACAAGUAUCCACGCAAACACGCCGUCAUGAUGAACUUCUUGUUCACUAUGCUACGAGAGGAGGUAAUACCAAACAUGAACAAGGGUGGGUUUGAUUACAAACGUGCAAUCGUUGACUGCAUAAUCAGCAUCAUUGAAGAAAAUCCAGAGAGUAAGGAGACCGGCCUAUCACACCUCUGUGAGUUUAUAGAAGAUUGUGAAUUUACAGUGCUAGCAACACGCAUCCUGCAUCUAUUGGGGCAAGAAGGGCCAAGAACCAACAACCCUUCCAAGUAUAUUCGAUUCAUCUACAACCGUGUUAUAUUGGAGAAUGAAGAAGUCCGUGCUGGUGCAGUCAGUGCUUUGGCCAAGUUUGGAGCACAAAAUGAGGAUAUGCUGCCCAGUAUCUUAGUUUUAUUGAGGAGAUGUGUGAUGGACGAUGAUAAUGAAGUGAGAGACAGAGCUACAUUCUAUUUAAAUAUAUUGGAACACAGACAAAAAGUUCUCAAUUCCAGUUACAUUCUUAAUGGGCUAACCAUAUCCGUCCCUGGUCUGGAGCGAGCGUUGCAGCAGUAUACCCUGGAGCCUUCUGAGAAACCGUUUGACUUAAAAUCUGUUCCUCUGGCGACUGCACCAGUUACAGAACAAAGAGCCGAUAAUUUGCCUGUUGCAACAGUCAGGCAACCAGAAAAAGUGGUGUCAUCCAGGCAAGAAAUAUUCCAAGAGCAACUUGCUGCUGUUCCAGAGUUUAAAGACCUUGGCCCAUUGUAUAAAUCCUCUUCAGAGCCUGUUGCCCUUACAGAAUCUGAGACAGAGUAUGUUGUGCGUUGUACAAAGCACACGUUCGUCAACCACAUGGUGUUCCAGUUCGAUUGCACAAAUACUCUGAACGACCAGAUUUUAGAAAAUGUCACAGUUCAGAUGGAGCCUACAGAGGGUUACGAGGUCAUCUGCUAUGUGCCAGCUAAACACUUAUCCUACAACCAACCUGGAACAUGCUAUACUUUGGUCUCUGUACCAGAGGAGGAUCCAACAGCUUUGUCUUGUACAUUCAGUUGCAUGUUGAAAUUUACUGUCAAAGACUGUGACCCCAACACAGGUGAAGCCGAGGAGGAAGGUUACGAAGAUGAGUAUGUGCUUGAAGACAUUGAGGUGACAGUUGCUGAUCACAUACAGAAAGUACUGAAACCUAACUUUGGUGCAGCAUGGGAUGAGGUGGGAGAUGAAUUUGAAAAGGAAGAAACGUUUAACUUGUCUACUAUCAAGACUUUGGAAGAGGCAGUUGGUAAUGUGAUAAAAUUCCUUGGAAUGCAGCCUUGUGAAAGAUCAGAUAAAGUUCCAGAAAACAAAAAUGCACACACGUUGUACCUUGCAGGUGUUUUCCGUGGUGGUCAUGAUAUCCUGGUUCGCUCCAAAUUAGUCCUUACAGACACAGUAACCAUGCAGGUUACUGCACGAAGCAAAGAAGAACUUCUUGUUGAUAUCAUCAUGGCCUCUGUGGGCUAAAACUCUACCUUAACUAUCACAGCAAUGACGUAAAAACACAAAGGGAGUUAUUGUAUAUUCAGAUCUGAGCCUGCAUUUACCCUUCAGAGCCAGAAGGUGCCUUGGACAUACAUGGAAAGAUCUCAGAAAUAACUGUUUGCAAACUCCACUGGCAGCGAAGGGAUUAAAUUGCUGACAUCAGUCAUUCUCUUUAUUUUCUUCAGUAAAAUAAUUGUACUUUUUAAUGACAGAGUUGGGAUUGGUUUAAACAUAUUUAAAUAUAAUGCAAACCUUAUUAAAAUUAAGAUGAGUAAAAAAAAAAAAAAGCAAUUUUUCCUAUAAUCAUGGAAAGCUUUUAUGUCACAAAAUUUGCAAGACAGGGCCUUGUCCAAUUUUCCAAAAACCUGAAAUCAAAUUUCAUACACGAAGUUGCUUUUAGUUCUGUAGCUUCUAUUUAUGACCAUAUAAAACAACAAUGCUGGCUGAGAAUUUGUAUAUAGAAGAAUGAACACCGUUAUGACGUGCUGGGAAGCUUAGUUUGUAAUGGCACACAAGUAGUAUGUAUCUCUAUAUACCUAUGUCAUUUCUAUAAUACAGCUUCCCAAAGCUGUUACCGUUUUGCCAUAUGACUUAGUCACUGCCAUAUAAAUUGCAUUGUUUGUGUCAGUACGGCCUAAUGUACUAUAUAUGUAUAAAAAAAAUACAUCUUAAAUAGAUAUUUUUAUGCUGAAUGUUUUUUUUUUUAUACAGUGAUCACACCUCUCAGUAUCUUAGGCUUCAGUGGUGGCAGUGUUAUGACAUGAGGUUGGUUUUAAAAUCAUCACACAAUGUCACACAUUCAUAGACAUCCAGAAUCAUUUUUCUAGGUACCAGGACAAAAAUAAGAUAUCCUGAAGUUAAUAAUGUCAUUGUACACAAAAUAUAUUUUCACUGUAUUGUUUUA